CGUCACGUCCGACAAUUUCUUCUACAGGAGCACUGGCGCUAUGCCCAGCAGGCUUCGACCUCCAAUUGUUCAUUGUUCACGUUAAACAGCUCAAACCCAUGCCUUUCUCCAUCUACCACCUACCAAUCUUCUCUUGAUCAUUUCGAUCCUGGAUAUCCAUGUGCCACGCGCACCACCCUCUCUUAUCCACAGCCUCAUUCAUCUAUCUGUGGCAGCAUUGGAAGCAAUCUCGCGCCUAACAUUACGAGCGCCACCGAAAUAGACGAAUCGCGUUUAUUUUGGCCUCUUUCAGAAGCCUUCUAUACUCAAGCCCAGCCUACUGCCUCCGCCCUGGCGUCUCAUCGUCAUCAUGGCUAUUAUCCAAUAGAGUCGAAAGCCGCCUGUCAGUCUCGGGUUUUUCCUAUAUAUUAUUUUUAUUUAGCUGUAGCUUGA